AUGUCAGAUCGCGGCCUACCCAUCCGCGAAAGAGAAGACCACAAGGAAUACGACUUCAUCUUCUCCUCUAAAUACCAAACUGCUCCACAAGAAAGAAGAGAUACUCCGAACUUUCCUAAAUAUUUUGCCGCCGACGAAAAAGAUGCACCAACAGUUUUCAUCAACUGCGUUCUCCUAAACACCAUCAGCUCUCCCGGCUUCCGCUCCCAAGCUCCAUCAUCCAACUCAAAAGGUCCAUUCAUCUACUACCCCUUCCUUCAUACUCGUGAUAUCGAAAACCAACCAUGCAGAAAUUCCCGCAAAUUCUUCAUGGCAAAGGAAGGCUGCUAUGAAGUCGACCUCGACAUGUCACACAUCGGCAAUCUUGACAGGUUCUGUGCUGAACUUCGAACUUACGCUCGACCAUUGAAGUACAUUCCUACCACAGAUGUCAUCACAAAAGCGAAAUAUACCAUUCAUCUCGAAGCGUGGCUUGAGGAUGAGGAAGAACGGAGGAUUGCGUGGCCUGUUAGGGGGAAGCAAGAUUCGGUUGAUAAACCCAUGGCUGUGGAAUUGGUUGUUUCUUGGGAGGUAGCGCCUGCUGUGAUGAGGUCUAGGGAGUCUUGGGAGGACGUGGUGGCGAUUCUGAGGAGAGCGACAGGGUUGUUUGGGGAAGGCGGGAGGGUGAAGGGUUCAAAGGAAAAAGGGAAAGUGCGAUUUGUGGAUGAGAAGUUAGGGACGGUUGAUGUGGAGAGUUUUGAGUGGAGAAGGAAGUAA